CUUCGUUGCUAGGGAAAAUACCGGAAGAGGGACCCGUAUCCAUUAGUCUGAAAGUGUGAAAGUUACAAUCAAGCAUCAAGAUGUACGACGGCGAUGAAUCUGAGGGUCCGAAAGGAACUUUUGAAAUAUACAAAGCUGAGGCAGACACUCUAUACAAACAAGGAGAAUAUAGAAAAUCUAUUGAAAGUUACACGACAGCGUUGGAGCUACAGCCAAAUGAGAAAAAUACUUUGGUAGCCAGAUCAAAAUGUCAUCUACAACUUGGAGACACUGCCAGUGCUUUGCUUGAUGCUGAAACAUCACUUAGUGAUGACAAAACUUUCCACAAGGGUGUGUACCAGAAGGCCCAGGCCCUCUACUACCAGGGCGAUUUCGAAAUGGCUCUCGUCUUUUACCACAGAGGACAUAAACUAAGACCGGAGCUGCAGGAGUUCCGUCUGGGCAUUCAGAAGGCCCAGGAAGCCAUCGACAACUCUGUAGGAUCCCCAGACAAAGUCCAGCUGACCACAGAAGGUGACCUUACCUUCUUUCAGAAACAGGAUGAGAAGCGACUCCCCAAGCGAGGAGGAGGUUAUAGUAUGGGACGUUCUCUGGCUCAAGCGCCUAUUAGAAGAAGGAAGUUUGACCUCAACAGAUCACCCGGUAACGAGAAAACCAUCAAACAGCUCCUCGGGGAGUUAUAUGGCGACAGACAGUACCUUGAGAGGCUUCUAAAAGAAACAGAUCCCAACACAAACAUGGGUAAGACGAUAUCCAACCUGGUAGAGGAGGGAUUGAUGUACCUCGACACACGCACAGACUUCUGGCGCCAACAGAAACCAAUGUACGCUCGUAGACACGAAAAGAUCAUGCAAAGGCACCGGUUUGAGUCGAACACAGGAAAACUCUCACCCAACGACUACAUCAUCAGAGAACUAGAGCGAAUAGACCUAGCACAAAUUGAAGGAAAGUACCAAGAAAGUUUAAAGAAAGCUCAAAGAUGCCUGAGUACAGUGGAGAACUUUACAGAAGAUCAAGUACCUAACAAACUAGAGGUGAUCGCUAACCUACACAGCUGUAUCGGCAAUGCCUACCUAGAGAUGGGACAGUUUGACAAAGCUUUGGAACACCACCAGCUAGACUACAACAUGGGAGACGCACAUAAUCUGGAAGAAGCCAAAUCCAGAGGGUUAGAUAACUUGGGUCGAGUCAACGCAAGACACGGCAACUACCAAAAAGCCAUUGAUGUAUGGGAACAAAAACUUCCAAUAUCUAAAUCAGCAUUAGAAAGCACAUGGUUGUAUCAUGAAAUUGGUCGCUGUUAUUUAGAAAUUAAUAAAUUUGAAAAAGCAAGAGAUUACGGAGAGAAGUCACUGACAGCAGCUGAAGAGGCAGAGGAUCCAAUGUGGCAGCUUCAGGCUACUGUCCUUAUAGCUCAGUCAGAAGUAAAACUUGGAGACUUGAGCGGUGCUUUAGCAACAUUUGAAACCUCAUUAGAUCUAGCAAGGGCACAAGGUGACACUUCAGCAGAGACAGCCAUAAAGAAAGCCAUAGGAGAAGUGAACGCUAAAAUAGCUAAAGAUGAUGAUAAGGGAGAAGGGGACUGAUCAAAAAGCAGAACAUCUAAAACAUAACAUCAAGCUGUAAUAACAAACAGUUAUAAAUGACACAGAAAACAUCCUGUAAAUUAGAUAUAAGAUGGAGAGUGAAAAAAAAAUGGACUGGAAUUGUAAAAUGUUAAGAUUUAUUAGGCCUUACUGAUGUCAAUAGGCAUGGACGCACUACCCUGCAAAUGUUGUCAGACUUUAAAAACUAUGUAACAUUAACAGGAAACACCAAGUUAUUUUGAUUUACACAUAUUGUGUAUAAUAUCAAUAGAAUGAUUAAAACUUUACCAUCAAAGUUAGAAUUUUUUUGAGUUUUUCAUUUGAAGAUUAUUUUCUGAGCAAGUCUUUCAAACUUGAAUCUUCUUUUUAGGAUAUCAACAUCAGUGUGCAAAAAUAUAUAAAUUUCAGUUUUUUGAGAAGGGAAUUGAUUUAAAGUAGAACAACACAAUUUCAUUUUUUAACAUCUGUGCAAGUUAAGUAUAUCAUUAAUCAGAAAUAUCUGAUGUGAGCCAAAGGAAAACUAGUCAGUUUGCUAACAUGGUUCUCUCUUAUUUUUGGAGGGGAGAGAGAGAGAAUAAUCAAGAAAAUUUCAUUGUUGAUUUUAUUUUUUAAACCAUAUUUUUAUGAUAUAAUUUUACCAAUGUGCCAAAUGGAUAAGAAUAUCAUGAAGUUGACUGUAUACUGUAUUUAUACAGUAAAACCUUGUUAUAAUGACUUCGUGUGUAUUAUUUGCCAUCUUACUUACCAAUACCGCCAACAUGGUAUGUUAAUAUCCGAUUCUUCUUUUUUUUUUUUUUAUCAAAUAAUUAAUGUCUUCCUGAAUAAAAUGCCAAACUCUUUUAAAAUACCAAUUUUUUAAUGGGCAAAUAGUGACACUGUAUAAUUAAUGAGGUUUUACUGUACUGUCCUCAGUGAUGUCAUCUAACUGACAUAUUUAUACAACAAAUUUGACGUUUGGAUUCAUUUUUGUGACUGAAUUAAUUAAGAAGGACAAUAUCGAAAAUGACAUAUUAUAAAUUAAAUUUGUUUUAAGUUAA